AUGGGGUACAUGGGUGCAAUACUGGAGUGUGGUGUCAGCAUUUCACGAAAUUUGACAUGUAAUCACCUGUUGUCUUCGGAUAGAUACAAUCAUGCUAUGGAGGAGCAUUUACGAUUUACUGGUUUUUAUCAUGUUUUUCAAAUUGGAAUAGUUCAAUGCCAGAAAGGCCUAGUAAAUGCUCUUGUUGAGAGGUGGCAUCCGGACACACACACUUUUCACCUUCCAGUUGGUGAGUGUGCUGUGACAUUAGAAGAUGUGGCUUUGAUUCUCGGUCUUCCGACCAACGGUAUACCAGUGACAGGAGUGACUUUGAGUAGCCAUGAAGCCUUAGAAGUUGAGUGUUUGCACCUUUUUGGAGUUGUGCCGAGUAAGUCAGACUGUAGAGGAAGCUUUAUAAAGUUGGUAUGGCUUCGGGAUUUAAAGGAGUGUAUUCAGUGCAUUGAUGAAGACAGUAUUCAGAGGUACGUGAAGUGCCAUAUUAUGUUGUUAUUUGGUACGAUAUUGUUUGGAGACAAGUCUAGGGUAGGUGUACACUGGAAGUUUCUGCCUUUGCUUCGUGAUUUUGGCAGUAUCGGAUAG